UAUCCCUGUUUUACAGAUGGGAAAACUGAGGCACACAAGAGGCUAAUUACUUGCUCCAGAUUACAUAGUUAGUGAGAAGUAGCCAAACCAGUAUUUGGACCCAGGCAGUCUGGCUCCCAAGGCUGAGCUUUUAGCCACUGUGCUUUGCCACCCAAUAGACACUAUAUUUCCAAGUGGUAAAAAACUGUUAUUAUAAGUGAGGAUAAAGACAGUGGUUCCCUGCUUGUUCAGAUGGACCAUGUAUGUCAAGAUAAACCUCAGCCCUGAUUCCCUCCAGAUAGUGUCCACGUACAUCGAAACCUAACCUCAAACACCAGAACUUGCUAUAGAUCUUGUUUUUGACCUUGUAGUUUGCCUAGCAGCUGGAGAUGAGAUUUGCUAAAGCCCCCCAGCCCACCUGCUCCUGUACUUUGGCAGCUUUUGUAAAUUGCUCAUUGAAAGGCCUAUUCUUCUUUCUGGGGGUGGCUAAGGUAGUAGACCCUUGAAGCUGCCGCGCCGUGUGUGGGAACAUAGAAAAUGUAGUAAGUCUUCCCGUGAACUCCAGUCAGAGCCCAGAAAUGUCUCCUUUGAAGGUUUGUUGUUUUUUGUUUGUUUUACCCUUUUACCUCCUGUAAGCAGGGUUUCGGUUCUCAGAUUUUGGUAUCUCAGAAUGAUAACAAUGGAUUGUUUUAAUGCGUGUGUAUGUAUUUCUCACAUAUAUACAUUGAUAGCUCUAUUCCAUACCAUUCCUUCAGAGAAAAAAAUGAGACUGGAAUUAAUGGCCCUAUUUUGCAGAAGGGAAAAAUAAGGUCCAGAGAGAUAAGUUCUUGCAGAUGGGAAGAGACAAAGGGAGAAGCGAGUGAGUGCACUAGAGCAGAGAAACUUCUGACUUCAUUUGCUAGUUCUUAUAGGAACCAGUUAGCCAGCACCUAACUCCAUCUCAGAGAUGCAGGGGGGGUGCUGAGGGUGAGAGUUGUUGGUAUUAUGAGAGGAGGGCAGUUUGCGGGGCAGAUUCGGAGCUGCAGGAGCACCCUCUCUGCUGGGGAACUAGGAAGAGCUACUGGGCGUUUAAGUGGUUUAUUAAAUGAUGUAAAAUUUAAUCUUCACUGUCUGCCUUAAGAGCUAAAACCUGCUCAGAACAGUGCCUGGGUGGGACACAUUCACACACCUCUUUAUUAGACCACACACCACUUUCCAAACUUCAAAACUUAUGGUGACCUUGUUAAUCUUAGGGAAGGGCCAGCCUGAAAUUAGGCUGUCUUUACUAAAAGAAUGGUUGUGCUGAUGCUUUGAAGAGCUGGGCGUGGGGUGAUCCCCCUGCCACUUUCCAAAGAAACUGUAUCAGUGCUGUUCAGAGAGUACAAAGAACAAGGCUCCAGCAUCAGCCAUGUGGGUGUUUCUCUGUGGCCAAGGCCAGGACCAUGUGAGAGAGAGUCAUGGAGACUCCAUGCCCCAAAAGAGAGCAGCCCAUAUCCACUACCCUAACCCAUCCUCUAGGUAGGAAAAGUCCUCAGUGUGCAGAAGUCCUGUCCUUUGUAAAACAAAAACUAAUCCUAGUUGUUUUUGGCAACUCUCUCCUCCGUGGCUUUCCCCCAGUUCUUCUGGAAAAAGCAGGCAGCACCUUUGCCAACUAAAAGAUUAUAUCAACCCAAUUCCAGGUAGAUCCGGAGAUCUGGGAGUGGCGUGCCCAGCUGGUCCUGUCUGCCCGCCUCUGUUUCUCCUUGGCUCUCCCUCCUAAUUUCCACCUCAUAUCAGCGUCUUUUCUCCUUUUUCUUUUUUUUCCUUCUGGCUUAGUAGCUCAUUGGUUCAUUGUUAAGUUUUUAAGGUCACUUAAUUCAAACAAGUGUGGCGGGCAUGGUGCUGGAGGAAAAUGGAUAGAUACUUGUACGCUCUGGAGCUCACCUCUGGGACUGGCUGUCUGUCUGCUGUCCUCCCAGUGCCAGAAAUGCACUUGCAAACCCAGCUGAGGAGACUCCUCAGGAUGCAUCCUCACUGCUGGCUGUGUAAUAGAGUCUCCUAGGGAAUUAAAUAAAAAAUUCAAGCCUGGGGCUCACCCCCAGUGAUUGUGACUAAAUCGAUCUGGGAUAGGGUCCAGGCAUUAGUGUUUUUCAGAAAGCUUCCCAGGUUUUAAAAGUCUAACGUGCAGCAGCCAGACGUGAGAACCACUACAUUAGCUUAUCUGGUGAGAAAAGAGGAGAGAGAGAGAGAGAGAGAGAGAGAGUGAGUUAGGGGGGGUGUCCUAACAAAAAAAAUCUGAGAGUGGGACAUAUUUUGGGGGGUCUCUCCCCAUGAAGGAGCUGAUGGGGACUGCCUCUACCCUCAGCUCUUCUCUAAUUGCUUUUAUGGAGGAUCCAGCUUCGGACCUCCUCUGUGACAGUGACUAACAGUGUCUUUAAUCAAGAACAAGGACAUGAAGCAGAAGCGCCAGCACAUUUAAGAACUGUGGUUGAUGUUAUUGUAAUGAAGCCAAAUGAAUUUGGAACAAGGUUACCUUAAGUGGUUUUGUUCUUCUCCUGCUGAUCCUGCAACUGGGGCUGUAGGCUGGGAUUGCAUCCCGCUGAAGUCCGGGAAAGUGAGUGUGCGCUUGUGUAAUGAGCAAGUAUGCGUGUGUCCGUUCUGUGUACAGUAUGUUACGUGCACGUGUGGGUGUGGACGUACCCAUUGGUACUGGCAUGGGGGUAGGUUUACAGCACCCAGAGGAGACAGCCUCUCCCCGGGCAGGAGUGCAAUGCUGUUGACAUCAUCAUUCUUGGAAAUACUUUUUUUCAGGAAAAGCAUCCUUUCAGGGUACUACUAGAGCCCACAUUAAGUGCACCUGCCUCCCUUCCCCAGGAUCACCGUGACCCUGGAUGAGGGGCUGAGUGGGGGCUGACACCAGCUGGGCUGUGCCAGGCAAGCCGUGUGCCCUGGCUCUGGGCUGUGUUGCCAGGAGGAAGGAAGAAGGAGUCUUUUUAUAAUUUACUCAGAGCUGCUGGAUGAGCAGGCACAGCUCUACAUACUCCCCUUUUCCCUGCAAAAAUUCUCUCAAAGGAACAGUGGGAGGGAUUUAAAUAAAGCAAAGUACUGGAGUUUUGGCUACCACUAAUCCUAUAUCCUGGCCCUCCCAACUUUCCUGCUUUCUUAGCAGACGGAGGUUGCCAGACUUUUUCACAUGAGCCCACGUAUGAUAUGGGCUGUAUCCCACCCAGCGCUAGUUUAGAAGGAAAUUCUGUGAAUUUACAAUUCAUAUCAUUUUAAAAUAAUCUUUUUAUUACAAGACUAUUAUACUUAUUUAUAGAAUGUUUGGAGAAUACAGAGAAAAGGGCAAAGAGAAAAAAUUCAUUGUUCUACCACCCAAACAAACCUGAUCUUAAUAUCUGGGUGAAUUUCUCUCCUGCCCUUUAAUUCAUAGGAUUCAAAAGAAAACAACGUAAAUGUAGUCAUUCAUACAUGACAAUUUUUGUAUCCUGCCUUUUUUACUUAACAUUGCAUUAUAAGCAUUUUUGCCUAUUCCUACAUUCUCUUCCCGAACAUUACAUUAUAUUUAGUAGCUGCACAAUAUUCUGCCAAGAAGGUAGGUUAUGGUUUAAAAUCGCCUUCUGGAUUUCUUUCUGUAUUCACCUGGGGGAGGGAGAGGAAGGAAAGAUGGCCAGGAAGAGCUUUUUCUGUUCAGGAUUUCAAGAAAGCAUCUCCAGGUCUGGCUUGACACUUGAUUAUCGUUCUGUGUGCCCUUCUAAUCCUGACCUUCAAGCCAGCAUAAAAGAACCUAGCCCCUUAGUAGGAGCUGGCAGCUCUGCCUCCAGCAGAGCAGAGGCCCUUUAUUUUGAAAUGAAAAUGACUCUUCUAUCCACGGAGGGAGACUGGAGUUAAAAUCUAACCAUUGUAACUGCAGGACAGAAAAUCCUUAAGCCUGCUUCUUCAAACGUAGCACCUAGAAAUGGUACUGAUUACAGAGUACUUGUCGGUAAGAGGGAAGAGUUAUGAAGGGAUAACUUUGCUUGGUAGUAGCUGCCUUGCCGCUGUCAAGGCACACGUUUUCCACUUGGAAUUAUGUAUGAACUAGUGUGGCAGAUUAUUAGGCUGCCUUGAGGAGGAGGCCCUGUGUAGUCAACUGGGGGGCAUAACCAGCUACUCUUUGGGGGCCAAUUUAAAUUCACCUUCAUUACCUUCAAGAGGUUUUGAUUGUGGUCAGCCCAGAGGAAGUGGAUGGGAUGAAGCCUGGAGGGACUGGGGGAGACCUGGUGGCUUGGCUGCCAUCCCCCAUUCUGCUUGGCUUCGCUAGAGGCUGUGGGCUGGAUGCCAGGGUGGAGCACUAAAGCAUGAGGUCAGAGGGGGAGGGGGCAGCCUGUGGAGCGAGACCAUCCCUCCGCCCCUCCCCCACCCAGUCAUUCACUAGGCUACCAGCAGAGCAAAGCAACUCCUGGUUACUGGCUGGCAGGGUUGUCCCGCAGCUUCAAGCACGAGUGAUGACAAGAAGGAUCGAAUGGCAGGCUUCUAUUGGCACAAAGGUAUUUGGGUAUUUCAUGGGUUUGGAUUUGAAAAUUAGUUGAAAGGUGAAAUAUGUGUUUGUGGUACUGUCAGCUCCAGUCAUCUCAAAACCUCCAGAGCUUUGAGAAUGGCCCCCUCCACCCUCCGAACUGUAGAAGUCUCUUUUCCUUGAUUAUUCCUCCACCUGUACUCUCGCUUGUGCCCAAGAUAGUUGGCACUGCCUGCCCUCACCUCCACUUCCUGAGGGCAGCACCAACAAUUCUCACAGCUGCCCUUUCUCACCCCUUUUUUGUGGUUUAUCUGCCUCCUAACAGGUCUCCUACCCCAUUCCUAGUCCUUACCCCAAAACACCACUGGCUCAGCCAUCCCCAAACAAUACUUACAGCCUCUUACUACCUUGCUCUGACAACUUCAAUAUUCUCUGUUACCUACUGGAUAAAAUCCAAACUCCUUAUUCAGUCAUCCAAGGCCUUCCAGAAUCCAUCCCUAGCUUCCUUCUUCUCUGCAGCUAGACUUUAUCAGGCACUUUCUACAGAGCAGGCACCGUUGCAACUUCUUCAGUGUAAAUUUCUUGUUUCAUCCAGACCUCUCUUUUGCUGGCCUUCAAACACACCUCACCCAUUCCUCUACCUACUCUUGUUCGUAAGCUUUGUUUCCUGUCUAGAAUGCUCUUGUCUCUCUACACAGUCAGCUCAAGUCCUCCAUGAAACUGCCCAGCCCAUACCAGCUCACAGAGAUCUCUUUCCCGAAAUCUUCAAACUCUUGCAGUUGGAUUCUCUCAUCAACAUUAUAAACUUUCUUGUACGGUGACUUAAUUUUUCAAGUGUAUUUUUCUUCAAAACGGAUAACCAUCUAGAUGGCAGGGACCAGCCUGAGACUUUGCAGUGCCAAAGCAUCCUUCUCUGCUCGGAUCAGGUCUUCAGUGUUUAGUAAAUGAAUGUUGAAAUGCCUCAUGAAUCUUCUGCUACAGAGCUGAAUAGGAGGCUUACCCUCUGGAACCUGUGUAAAAGCCAAUUCAGCAACCUCUGAAUUCACAUUUUUAAGUAAUUGGGUAUGGAAUUAGUCCUAUUUCUGAAUCCCCAGUGGUAAGCAGAGAUAAACGUGAGCUUUAUUGUAUCAGACCCUUAAGGAUUCCCCUACCCAUCUCCCCCUGAAGAGAUGAAUGCAAAUAGGUCAUGGCAAAGUGGAUGUUAAUUACAGGCAAAUCCUGCCGGGCCACAAAGGUAAAGACUCUCCAAGCUGCCUGAUAACACCAGGUGGCUGGCCCUGCAGACCAGAAAAAGAUAAUUUGCUCCCUGGGGGAAGCCAUUUAGGGGGCCAAGGCAAUUGAUAUGGGCAGAGUGUUUACUGUUCUCAUAAUGUUGCAUCUGGACCUGUCGUUCAUUUUGGAGGUUUUAACUGACUAGUGAGGUUGUGCUGUACCAGCGCAACCCUGGAACCAGCUGCGUGAGACAGGCACUAAGCCUGUGGGACAAUUUGGAGCCUUAGAAAUUAACUAGGCAUGAGAUGAUCCUGGAGCAGCCCCAGGAAACUUGCACCCAAGAUGUCAUGUUGCUGUGUUGCUGAGGGCAGACGGGACCUUUCCAAACUGGCUGCUCCAUUCCUAAAGCGUCUAAACAGGUCACUUGCAAGUAGCCAGUUGGUUGGAUCUGACUCACAGACACAUUUGGCCUGGCCUGUGGAGUGUUUUUUAACGUUUGAAUUAGUAGCUAACACUUUAAUAUGAGGAGAUUUCACGUAAAAAUCUGGAUUUCUGGCUUCUCAACAGCAGAGCACCUGGCCACACUGGGCCCUCCCUCUCAAAGGGACAUCUCCUUUAAAUGGGACCUUGGCUCCCCACCAGGCCGAUGCACUCAUCUUUGUUGCCGCCCAGCCCCUGCUUGUUUCCCCUGUUCUAAAAUUUUGCAGAUGGCAAAUUUGGGUGGGAGGUAGAAUCAGAUAGCUCCUCCAGUCUCUGGCAACUCCAGGCUCUGUGAUGCUCCUGGAUGUAGAGGCGGUGGCCUAGAGCUCAAGGAGUCCGUAAUGCAAUUGAGACAAGGCAUUUUUCAUGAACACUGAUCUCUGAACUUCCUGUCACCAAGUGUCACAUCCUAGAGGGAUAGGCAUGUAGAAUCCAUAGCAUCGGCAAGCAGAUGCCAUUCUCUGGUUGAAGUUGGCUGCAGUUAACCUUUACUGAGCACUUACUGUCAGUCAGUCGCUUCAGUCCUUGUGACAUCCAUGUCAGGUAGAUACUCAAUCCCAUUUCUGGGAUGAAGACACUGAGGUUAGUGCCACACGGCUAGGGGCAGAACUGACUCCAGAGUCCUCCUCUUAACCAAGGGCUUCUCUCUCCACCUGUGCCUUGUUUGCUCUUAAUAGGGCCCAUCUGAGGUUCAAAACACAUUCGCAUCGCGAAUACUAGUUUUAAAAAGCACACAAUGUUUAAACCAUGUAGCAUAUUAGUGAUGAUUUUCUCAAGCAAAAGCCAGAAGUGAUUUGGUUUAUGUAACACAAGAUGCGGGGCGGGAGGGGGGGCGGCAGUGGAGGAGGUGUGCCAGGGGUCUGCUUGCCUGGGCGACUGAGGGGUGAGCUCUGUGGCCCAGAGUGAGUCAGGGUGAGCCCCUAAGACUUCUGAGAGGAGCAGCUUACAGAUUGCAACUCAGGUUCCUAUAAAUUUGUUGCAGCUUGGAAAAAGUGAUGGAAAUUGUCCCAGGUGUAUCUGGAAGAUAUGUAAAUUCAUUUUUUAUUAGUCUUCAAUUAUAAUACCUCCAAGAUUUUCUGAGAUUUAGAAACCCAGCGUGUUCAGCUCGUUCUGAACUAACUUCCUCUGCUAAGAACUCCCCACCUCCCCCCAACCCCAUGCGACCUCACCUCACCCAAGUCUAGCACCAGCUUUUGGGAGCUUGGAAGCCUCUGCCGAUGAGAUCAGUUGGGAAUUUAGGAGGUCAUGGAUGUCGGAAAUAAAGGUGUAAAAAGGAGAGGAGAGUUGGUUUUGGCUUUAGGACACUGGAACUUACAAGGUUCUUGCAAAACCAUUGCAGCUUUUGAAAAAGCGUUAAAGUCAUCAGCGCCCCACUGCGGGAUUGAAAGCUAAGCUUGUCACAAUUUCACAAUUGGUAACACCUUUGACCAGUCUUUUUGUAUUUAACAAGUAUUCUCUUCUACGCCUUUUUUUUUUUUUUUUUUUUUUUGCCGGCAGGAAGGUUCUGGGGUCUGGGCUUUAGGGACUACCCUAUACAGCGCACAGUCCCUCCGCGUGCUGCAGUCGAGGGAUUUCUACCCGCUCCCCCGCUUUGCAGAGGAGGGGGCAACUGAGAGUCAUAAUUUUGGAAGCCCUUAUGGGUUAUACUGAAGUUAACUACGCUUCAGGUUCUAGGUUGAGCACAAUGACCACCUCCCCCUGGGCAGUUGGUCCCGGAACGAGAGCGGCGGAGGGGAAACCCAUUUUCGGAGGGUGCGGAGAUUCUUGAGUCUUUGCGAACUGGAGUAGCCGCGUGCACUCGGGAGCCUGCGUCCAACCGCGCGCCGGCCGCGUGGGGCUACCUCUGGCCGAGCCGGGAAGGAGGUGCUACCUCGCGGCCCUCGGGGGAGCCCUCCCACUCUUCCCAACUUUCCCGGCCCCAGGGCCGGAGGAGGGCGCCUCUCCCGGCGGGGACGCGCUAGGUACUUAAAGGCGGCUCGGCGGGGCCGGAGCUCUUCAGUCGGAGCGCGCGGUGGCGGCGGCGCACGGUGGAGCGAGGCGCGGCGGCGAGGAGCGGGAGGAGGGGCAUGGAGCAGCCGCGGGCCUGCUGAGCACCGGAGCGCGGGUAGCCGGCGGCACGAUGCCGGUGCAGCUGACAACAGCCCUUCGUGUGGUGGGCACCAGCCUGUUUGCCCUGGCAGUGCUGGGUGGCAUCCUGGCAGCUUAUGUGACAGGCUACCAGUUCAUCCACACGGAAAAACACUACCUGUCCUUCGGGCUGUACGGUGCCAUCCUGGGUCUGCACCUGCUCAUCCAGAGCCUGUUUGCCUUCCUGGAGCACCGGCGCAUGCGGCGGGCAGGCCGGCCACUGAAGCUGCCCUCCCCGCUGCGGCGCUCUGUGGCGCUCUGCAUCGCUGCAUACCAGGAGGACCCCGACUACUUGCGCAAGUGCCUGCGCUCAGCCCAGCGCAUCGCCUUCCCCGACCUCAAGGUGGUCAUGGUGGUGGAUGGCAAUCGCCAGGAGGAUGCCUACAUGCUGGACAUCUUCCAUGAGGUGCUAGGUGGCACCGAGCAAGCCGGCUUCUUUGUGUGGCGCAGCAACUUCCAUGAGGCGGGUGAGGGUGAGACGGAGGCCAGCCUUCAGGAGGGCAUGGACCGCGUGCGCAACGUGGUGCAGGCCAGCACCUUCUCAUGCAUCAUGCAGAAGUGGGGAGGCAAGCGAGAGGUCAUGUACACGGCCUUCAAGGCUCUUGGUGAUUCAGUGGACUACAUCCAGGUGUGUGACUCUGACACUGUGCUGGAUCCAGCCUGCACAAUUGAAAUGCUUCGAGUCCUGGAGGAGGACCCCCAAGUAGGAGGAGUCGGGGGAGAUGUCCAAAUCCUCAACAAAUACGAUUCAUGGAUCUCCUUCCUAAGCAGUGUGCGGUACUGGAUGGCCUUCAAUGUGGAGCGGGCUUGCCAGUCCUACUUUGGCUGUGUGCAGUGCAUUAGCGGGCCCUUGGGCAUGUACCGUAACAGCCUCCUUCAGCAAUUCUUGGAGGACUGGUACCAUCAGAAGUUCCUAGGCAGCAAGUGCAGCUUUGGGGAUGACCGGCACCUCACCAACCGAGUCCUGAGUCUCGGCUACAGGACUAAGUAUACAGCUCGCUCUAAAUGCCUCACAGAGACCCCCACCAAGUACCUCCGGUGGCUUAACCAGCAGACCCGCUGGAGCAAGUCUUACUUCCGCGAGUGGCUCUACAACUCUCUGUGGUUCCACAAGCACCACCUCUGGAUGACCUACGAAUCAGUGGUCACGGGUUUCUUCCCCUUCUUCCUUAUCGCCACAGUCAUACAGCUUUUCUACCGUGGCCGCAUCUGGAACAUUCUUCUCUUCCUGCUGACAGUGCAGCUGGUGGGCAUUAUCAAGGCUACAUACGCCUGCUUCCUUCGGGGCAAUGCAGAGAUGAUCUUCAUGUCACUAUACUCCCUUCUCUAUAUGUCCAGCCUCCUGCCAGCCAAGAUCUUUGCCAUUGCUACCAUCAACAAGUCUGGCUGGGGCACCUCUGGCCGAAAAACCAUUGUGGUGAACUUCAUUGGCCUCAUCCCUGUGUCCAUCUGGGUGGCAGUCCUCCUUGGGGGGCUGGCCUACACAGCUUACUGCCAGGAUCUGUUCAGUGAGACGGAGCUAGCCUUCCUUGUCUCUGGGGCCAUCCUGUACGGCUGCUACUGGGUGGCCCUCCUCAUGUUGUAUCUGGCCAUCAUUGCCCGGCGAUGCGGGAAGAAGCCAGAGCAGUAUAGCUUAGCUUUUGCUGAGGUGUGACGUAGCCCUCAAGCAGAGCGGGAAAAGUGCAAUGGGUAAGGGAGGGAAGGGGAAUGGAGAAGAUGGGGUGGGAGGGAGGAGGGAGUGCUGUUUUAGUUUUUUAAUGGUCCAAAGGACAAAUGUGAAGUGCAAAGAAUGGUGACUGUAGUACGGCCUGGGCCAGCUCUGCUUAGAGGAGGCAAGUCCAGCUCAGGGUGACGGAGGAGGCAUGUAUGUUUUCAGGCCGCCUGUCUGCUCGCCUCUGUGCACACAGUGGCCUCUGGGCAACAUUCCACUUCCUCCCCUGAGAUCCAGAGGGAACUCAGAAGUGUGCUAAACCAAACAAUAAGUUCCAUUUAGUGGCAGCUUCUGACGGGUGAGUAAGCAAGGAGGGCCCGUGGGAAGCGGUUCUCUUAGCCCACCUGAACAAAAUCAGAGGUGGUGGGAGAAUUUCUGAGAGAUCUGGGCCAGCUAGUAACGUGUCCCCGCCUCUUUCUAGUUAUCAAUGCAAUAAGAUUGUGCCUGAAAUACAAAGCCCAGAAGCCUGAUCUUUGGGCAUCAGAAAACAGGGUCCAGGAAUGGUGCUUCCUUAUGUGAAGUACUGCAUUCCACAUCUCAACAUCCCAAGGAUGAGCCAGACUAGCAGGGAGUUAGCACUGGACUGGUUUUAAGUGUGAAGUGUGUGUAUAUAUAUGUUAAAAAGGAAAGUUUGCCAGGAGGAACAAAUGGUGGUGGUGGUGCUAAAGGCCAUAGCUCAAGGCUCUAUGGAGGCCUUGAGCUGAAUGUAUUCUACCUGGAAAUUGCCCACAUAUCUAGAUUGUCUUGUCUGUGAUCUCUGCUGAGGAGGUAAAAUGUUUUCGUCAUCUACCAGGAAGAUUAAACCCCAACAUGCUCAGAAAGGAAGUGAGGGCUUGGGUAUUUCAACCUGUAUACUCCUGAAUUCCGCUCUCAAAUUCAGCUCUGACUGAGUCUAAGACAGCCUCCUCACUUCGCUUCGCUUCACUUCACAGUGAUAGUCACCUGUUCCACCCUCCUCCUCAUCGGGUAAGUUUUUCAAGGUGGCGAGUGACACAGAGCCUGGACUCUCACGGGCCCCUCUGCAAUAGGCAAGCCUGCCCUCAGCACGUGGGGAAAAGCUAUUAGGAGCCUCUGACCACACUGUCUACAGUCCUGGAACUGCCUGGACAGAUUCCUUGGCAGAUGAGCAGUACCCAUGACGUUCAGGCUACGGUUGUUGACAAUCACCUCUAAUGGAAAGCUUUUCAGUGUUCCCUAAGGGAACCCUCAAUCCAAGCUGGUCAUCGUUGAGACUGUCCAUUCUCUUCAGUGGCUUCUCCAGGGAAUUCUUACAGCCAAGUUGUGGAUAGUCACUACUGCAUUUGCUUGCUUCUGUCCAGAAACCAAACUAGGAGAUGAAAUUGGUAUCUAAAUCCUAAGGUUCUUCUCUUCUCUCACGCCUCUCGAGGCUGUUUGAUUUCCCUCUUUUUUGGAGGGGGAGUGAGGGAAGGCCAUUUUCUACAGAUCUGCAAUCCACAGACUGUUCUGAGCUCUUGGAUUUGAAAACUGGGAUAUUGACUAAGCCUUUGACUUAGAGGUUGCUUGCUCAAGUGUGCUUUCUCGCCAAACAUCCACCCUCAGAGGGGCCUGCUGAGCCCUCAGAACCAGCACUAAGGUGGACAGUAUUCGACGGGGCAAGCCUCUAGUGUGCCCAGGUGCUUCCUACGAAGGAACAAAGUGUGCUCUGAGCCAGACUGGCAAACCCUGGUGCUUCAUCUCCCAUGAACUCGGGGGUCUUCCAGCUGCAGCGAACACUGCUGCAUCACACAGACCUUGAGUUUGUAAGACGACGACUGCUGGUUGACAUCAGGCCUAAUCCAUGAAGGCUGGGAAGAGGCGGCAGGCGUUUGCUGAAGGCAGUUGUUCCAGGCUCUUCCAUGUUUUUGCUGGCCAAGAAGUAAACUAUCUUGAACACUACAAUGGAAGAAAUCCGGUCAGCCAACUGCAGAGCGCAGACUUCACUAAGGGCUUGUUUUUCUUCAGCUUUUACUUGAAGGUUAAUGUAGGAUGGACUCCCAGAUGGAGAACUCUUGGCUGUCCUACCAUCAGCUCUGCCUUGCUCUGUGACAAUCAACUUUCUCCAGAUCAAGAGUAGGCAGGUACAAGUAGUGGGCCCACAACGUUUGACCUCAACUGGUUUUUCUAAGUUAUUUUGUACAUUUUUCAGCAGCGAAACCAAACUGGGUCUUCAGCUUUAUUCCCGUUUCUUGUAAGGGAAGAGCCUUUAUACAAUUGGACACAUUUUAGGUUUUCCUCAAUGAGAAUUUUAAUCCUCUUUUGUAUUAUUUCUACAAUAAUUUGUAAACAUAUUUAUUUUUACUUUAUUUUUUUUUUACUUUCAGGUCAAAUUUUUUAUACUGCACUUAUUUGUCAAAAUAAAGAUUCUCACAUAAUGCUGGUA